AUGAGCCUUUCAAAUAGCGCAAACCACAGCAGCAUCAUAUACAUAGAGACACACUAUUGCUAUGAGUCAGUGAAUGGUUCGUGCAAGAAGUUUGUCCGCCCACUAAGCCUACAGUUCUUCAUGUUUGUCUCCAUGGGGAUUGCUGUACUGCUCACCGUGAGCGGGAACCUUCUGGUCAUCAUGGCAAUAUCGCACUUCAAGCAGUUGCACACCUCCACAAAUGGACUGAUCCUCUCUCUAGCGGUGUGUGAUUUCCUCCUGGGGGCCCUGAUCAUGCCUUGUAGUGCCAUGCGCUCCGUCCAUGGCUGCUGGUUCCUGGGUGAUCUGGCGUGCAAGCUCCAUACCAGCACUGACAUCAUGCUCAGCACUUCCUCCAUCUUCCACCUUUCCUUCAUCUCUGUUGACCGAUACUUUGCUGUCUGCACCCCUCUUGCAUACCGGUCCACGAUGAACUCCACCACAACCUUUGUCAUGGCUGCAAUCAGCUGGCUCGUCCCUGCCAUUUUUGCUUUUGGAAUGAUAUUCUCUGAACUCAACCUAAAGGGUAGCAAGGCUUUCUACGACACAAACGUGCGCUGCCAUGGAGGCUGCCCAGUAUUCUUCAGCCAAGCAUCUGCCGCAUUUGCCUCUAUGUUCUCUUUCUUCAUCCCUGGUCUGAUCAUGUUUGGCAUUUACAUAAAAAUUUACAAGGUUGCCAGAAGUCAAGCCCGAUCAAUUAAAGGCCAGACACAGCAGUUCAGGGUAGGAGGUGGAAAUGAGUCCAAGGUUUCUGGGCAACGAGAAAGAAGAGGGGCAAUAAUCCUGGCAGUAGUGGUUGGAGUAUUCCUCAUCUGCUGGACCCCAUUUUUCUUUUGCAACAUGAUUGACCCUUUCAUUGGCUACACCAUCCCACCUACACUGGUUGAUGCUCUGGUCUGGUUUGGUUACAUGAACUCGAGUUUCAACCCUCUAGUUUAUGCUUUCUUUUACUCUUGGUUUAGAAAAGCACUGAGGAUAAUUAUCACGGGAAAAAUCUUUUACAGAGAUUCCUGUCGAAUGAGACUGUACUCUGAAUGA